AUGUCUUCUAUAGAGGAGGAAACUCCAUUCCUUUCUUCACGAAAUGACACCAAAUCGGACGAAACGCCGAGCGAUGCCAAGAUCACUCGAGAUCACCGAUUCACAAUUGCUACGGCUUCGAUGCUCAUGGCUUCAAUUUUGUUUAUCAUCUCAGGCUUCAGAUAUCCCACCGAUACUCAGUGUAUAAACCAAAUGUCGACCUGGUCACCAAUGCUGGAGGCCGUUGAAUACGAAUGGCGCCAUUUCAAGACAGAAGGCCCGAAUCAUUACUACGGAAAACCAAGUGAUCAUUUGGAAGCGAGCUGGGGUGAGCUUUGGGAAUAUGGCUCAACAGGAAUCCCCAAGUCAAAGCUCCAUCUCCUCAACAAGUCUCUGGAAAUAGACUGGAAAUAUGUACCUGAAGAACUUGGAGGAGGGGUUCAAGCUUUCUUCGAAGGGUUCCACCAAGUGCACUGUUUAGAUCUCGUUCGACGUUUUAGCUACCGCGAUGAGUACGAUUACAGUGACGUCCCCGCAUUUCUCAAACCCCCUGAAGUACUCUAUGAUCACGUGGAUCAUUGCCUCGAGACUUUACGAAUAAACUUGAUGUGCAAUGCCGACACUACCCCUUAUUUGAUUGAAGUUAUGGAUGGUGGGAAAAGAGUAAAGAGCGGAUUAAAACUCUAG